CAGGGCUGCGGGGGCUGAUGCUGGCGGUGGUCCUGGCGGCGCUGAUGUCCUCCCUCGCCUCCAUCUUCGCCAGCUCCGCCGCCCUCUUCACCUUCGACGUCUACCAGAGGCUCCGCCCACGGGCGGGGCCACGUCACCUGCUCGUCGUCGGCAGGGUGUGGGUGGUGGCGAUGGUGGGGCUGAGCCUGGCGUGGCUGCCGGUGGUGGAGGCGGCGCGGGGGGGGCAGCUCUUCGAUUACAUCCAGGCCAUGGCCAGUUACCUGGCCCCGCCCGUCGCCGCCGUCUUCGUCCUCGCCGUCUUCGUCCCCCGCGUCAACGAGCCC